AUGUACAACUGUGAAUGCAUUUUGCUAUCUAUCUCUCUAUAGUAGAAAAGAGGAAACACACAAACAAAACAAUAGUAGAAAAGAAUAAUUAAGUAAAGGAAAGAAGUCUCUCUUUUAAUCUAUUCCACUUGUAUCUCUCAUCUUCAAAGAAGCAAGAGAUUGAUAGAUCUCUUCCUCGUUGCUCAAAAAAAUAAAGAUCUCUUCCUCAGGUUGGUCCUCUUUGCCUCACCAUUUCUGUGCAACAUCCACCAUCACCAUCAAUCUUCUGAAUCCAUCUCUCUGUAGUAGCUACCUCACUAAUACUAGGAAGUAUCUAAUCUCUCUGUCUCUCUCUUUUAACUAUUUUGUAAGCCAAGAUGUUAGAUGCAUCCACUCCAUCUUACUUUCAAAGUUCUGAAACUUAAUAUAUGAUGCCCUAAAUAUUUCAAUAUCCAGAAAAGAACCCUAAUCUCUCGAACCCUUGUUUAGAUCUUUUAUUAAAAAAAACUAUGGAUUUGAUCUCUCAAAAUCACAAUAACAAGAACCCUAAUACCACUCUCUCGACACAACCUCCCCCCUCUAGCCGCUACGAGAACCAGAAACGCCGUGAUUGGAACACUUUCUGCCAAUACCUCAGAAAUCAUCGUCCACCGAUCUCUCUACCGUCUUGCAGCGGCGCGCACGUCAUAGAGUUUCUGCGUUACCUUGACCAGUUUGGGAAAACCAAAGUCCACAACCAAAACUGCGCCUUCUUUGGCCUCCCAAAUCCUCCGGAGCCUUGUCCUUGUCCUCUUCGACAAGCUUGGGGAUCACUUUACGCUCUUAUCGGUCGUCUCCGUGCCGCCUACGAGGAGAACGGUGGAGCUCCCGAGACCAGCCCUUUUGGCUCAAGUUCAGUCAGGAUUUUCCUAAGGGAGGUUAAAGAUUUUCAGGCUAAAGCACGUGGAGUUAGCUACGAGAAGAAGAGGAAAAGGGUCAAUAAUCAAAAGCAAAUAACCCAAUCGGGUUUGCAGCCGCCUCUAGUGCCGCAACACCAGCAGCAAGGUCAGUCUAUGAUGGCUAAGUACCACCACAGUGCAACUUGAUAAUGUCAUACAGCUUCGACAAAUAAGUAUGCUCGUAUCUAGCUAUUUACACGCACCAGACUUUGUACUUGUAUAAUACUAUAAUGUAAAAUCCCUGAUUUACUCCAUCUACUACACUAUCG